GGCGGAGCGAGGCUGAGCCGGAGCGCGGGGCUGCUGCUGCUGCUGCAACUGCAACACUGUGCUGCAACACUGUGCUGCACUGCCUGCACCCGCCUUUUGGUGCUUUGCAUGCUACCUGGCCGUGCCCAGCAGGGGAAGCCAUGCCAGCCCUAAGUGAAAAUGUUCUUUUUGGAAUGGGAAAUCCUCUUCUUGACAUAUCCGCUGUGGUGGACAAGGAUUUCCUUGAUAAGUAUGGCCUGAAGCCCAAUGAUCAAAUUUUGGCUGAGGACAAACACAAGGAACUGUUUGAAGAACUUGUGAAAAAGUUUAAAGUUGAAUAUCAUGCUGGUGGAUCUACUCAGAAUUCCAUUAAAGUUGCCCAGUGGAUGAUUCAGAGACCACACAAGGCGGCAACUUUUUUUGGCUGCAUCGGGACCGAUAGGUUUGGGGAGAUCCUGAAGAAGAAAACCGCUGAAGUCCACGUGGAUGCCCAUUAUUACGAACAGAGUGAUGAACCAACAGGAACUUGCGCUGUCUGCAUCACCAGCGACAAUCGGUCCUUGGUGGCCAAUCUUGCUGCUGCCAAUUGUUAUAAAAAGGAAAAACAUCUUGAUUUGGAGAAGAACUGGAAGUUGGUAGAGAAAGCCAAGGUUUAUUAUAUAGCAGGCUUUUUCCUUACUGUUUCACCAGAAGCAAUAUUGAAAGUGGCUAGCCAUGCUGCCGAAAAGAACAAGCUCUUCACUUUGAAUCUUUCUGCUCCAUUUAUUAGCCAGUUCUUCAAGGAGCCUAUGAUGAAAGUGUUACCUUACAUUGACAUCCUUUUUGGAAAUGAGACGGAAGCUGCCACUUUUGCUAGAGAGCAAGGCUUUGAGACUGAAGACAUUAAAGAGAUAGCCCGGAAAGCCCAAGCCCUGCCAAAGUUGAACUCAAAAAAGCAGCGAAUUGUAAUCUUCACUCAAGGGAAAUAUGACACUGUAGUGGCUACAGCCAAUGAAGUAAACACUUUCCAAGUCUUGGAUCAGGACCAGAGUGAAAUCGUUGACACCAAUGGAGCCGGAGAUGCCUUUGUUGGAGGUUUUCUGUCCCAGCUGGUUUACGACCGUCCCCUGACCGAGUGCAUCCGGGCCGGCCACUACGCUGCCAGUGUCAUCAUUAAACGCUCUGGCUGCACCUUCCCAGAGAAACCAGACUUUCACUGAGAGAGUCGGAGAGAAAACCCUGUGUGAACAGAUUGCUGCCUAAAUCAAUUCCUGCCAGUUAUUUACACUGAGGCUUCCAUGCUCAUUUAAUUAUA